UCGAGACUCGAGAGACGCCCAACCCACCCCCACAAACCCCCACUGCCAAGAACGGCCCCGAACCUCACCAAAUAAAAAGCCCGCACCACCUCUCCUCCCCCGCCGCCACCGCCGGCAACCACCGGAUCCCGGGAAGAAAGAGCCAGCGCCCGGCGAAGCAAAAGCGGAGGAAGAGAUGGUGGGCGCUCCGUCCUCGCCGGUGGUGAACGUGUACCCGCUCGCCAACUACACGUUCGGCACCAAGGAGGCCAAGAUGGAGAAGGACACCUCCGUCGCCGACCGCCUUGCUCGCAUGAAAGUCAACUACAUGAAAGAAGGAAUGCGAACAAGUGUUGAAGCAAUCCUAUUGGUGCAAGAGCACAACCACCCCCACAUACUGUUGUUGCAAAUUGGAAACACAUUUUGCAAACUUCCUGGUGGACGGUUGAAGCCUGGAGAAAGUGAAAUUGAGGGCCUGAAAAGGAAGCUGUGCAGCAAGCUUGCAGUUAACUCACCUUCCUUUCCACCUAACUGGCAGGUUGGUGAGUGUGUUGCUGAAUGGUGGAGGCCAAACUUUGAAACCGUGAUGUAUCCUUACUGCCCUCCACAUAUAACAAAGCCCAAGGAGUGCAAGAAGCUUUUCAUUGUUCACCUAACUGAAAGGGAGUAUUUCGCUGUUCCAAGGAACUUGAAGCUACUUGCUGUUCCACUGUUUGAACUAUAUGACAAUGUUCAGCGGUAUGGGCCAGUGAUUUCCACCAUCCCGCAGCAGCUGUCCAGGUUCCAGUUCAACAUGGUGAGCUCGUAAUCAAGGGUGGUGAUGAGAUGUGAAGAUUAGUCCAGUAAGAUGUAUUGAGAUCGAUCUUGGGCGAAGCACCAAACUAGAUGCUGAUCAACUUAGCAUGACUCCUUAUUUAGUCGCCAAUUUUCAUAAACUAGAUGCUCAUUCCGACUGCCUUUUAUUUGGCGAUGCGUGCUGUUAAUGAAGCUCAGGCUGGUUAGAUACGUGGUGUAUUAUUAUUUGGAUGGUAAUCGGUUGUUGCUCCGGCGCGCUAAUCUGUUCAUGUGUGUGUACGUACGUACGUAUGUAGCAAUGUACGUAUGUCUGUAUGAUUGCUAUGGUCUCCUGUAGUAACUACGGUGCAUCGGUUCUUCGUCA